AUGAAACUCGCCGCCCUCGUCACCCUUGCCCUCGCGGCAUACGCCCAUGCAACCGCUCGACACCCGCCCAUGAAGGCCCCGAACGCCAUAGUCGUCGGUCCCCCGCGCCCGGGGGCGCCCUACUUCUACCACCCCACCUGCACAUGGGAGCACUGGGGCAUCUUCGGCGCGUGGAUGAACGUCACCGCCGCCGGGGUCGAGGACAUCCCGGGCAUGUGCGGGAACCUCUGGGCCGCCCUCCGCAAAUUUCCCGGCUGCAGGAUGCUGACCAACCCGCACUGCGGUGGCACCGACGGCUACAUGGAGUGGCGCUUUCACGCGCCCGGCUUCACCUGCGACUUUGGUCUGAUCCGCUCGGCCUGGUACGCUGGGACUGGCGGGAACAAGCUCGGCGUCUUGGACUGCAAUGGGGCCCAGCCCGAGACGCAGCCCGACCCGUCCAAGCCCACCCGGACCAAGAAGAUUUUCUCUACCAAGCCUGCCAAGCCCAAGUUCAAGAUUUGA